AUCGGUUAUCGUAUUCUAUGUAAAUUUAUCAUUCGACGAUAGUGUAAAUAACAAUAAGUUGAAACGUUUCCUGAAAGAAGGAAAAUCUUAAACCAUGACUCAAACGGAUCACAAUGAGAUUAAAAUAAUGGGGAAAGCAAUUGUUUGUGAAGAUUGUACGCUUAUUGGUGACAUCACUAUUUUUCCUGGAUGUGUGAUACAUCCUAGCGCCACUAUUAUCGCUGAAGCUGGACCCAUAGUGCUAGGAGAAAAUUGUAUAGUGGAAGAAUAUACAACCAUUGCAUUCCGACUGCCAGUAGGCCAAAAACUUGAUCCUUCAUCUGAAGUACGCACCUUAAAUAUCGGUGCAAAUAAUGUUUUUGAAGUAGGCAGUACUGUUGAGGCUUGUCAUAUCGGUGAGAAGAAUGUAUUUGAGAGCAAAUGCUACGUGGGACCAUGUGUAUUUGUUUCAAGCGGUUGUAUUGUUGGUGCUGGAGUUAAACUCAUUGCGGAGCAGAAACUUCAAGAAAACACUGUGAUUUAUGGCAGAAAUUGCCUACAAAGAGAAGCCAUCGAUAAGCAUGGGUCCCAGACACUACAAAUCGACUUUCUGAGAAAGGUUCUGCCGAACUAUCACCAUCUACGUAAGCCCAAUUACGAUCCUAAAAAGAUGCGCAUAGCUGCUUAAAUUAUCGCAUACAUUAUUUAUGUCGUAACAGAUUUUUUAUUUAUUUCAAUAAACGAUUUAACUUCCGA